UCUCUCUCUCUCUGCUCCCUCUGUCUUUUAAAGCCGCGUCGCCUCAGCAGAUUUCACCCCUCGGCCAAACCCACUGGACGCACUGCUGGUGUGGAGUGAAAGGCGCUCAUCUUUACGCUUUGCAAAGGUCCCAGGAGUUAUCUAACCUCCACCAUGACUGAUCGCUUCGACUGCUACUACUGCCGUGACAAUCUGCAUGGGAAGAAGUAUGUGAAGAAGGAUGACAAGCACGUGUGCACCAAGUGCUUUGAUAAGCUCUGCGCCAAUACGUGCGCAGAGUGCAAACGCCCCAUUGGUGCUGACUCCAAGGAGCUGCACCAUAAGAACCGCUACUGGCAUGAGGACUGUUUCCGCUGUGCCAAGUGCUACAAGUCACUGGCCAGUGAGCCAUUCAGUGCUCGAGAUGAUGGGAAGAUAAUGUGCGGCAAGUGUGGCUCCCGAGAGGAUGGCAACCGAUGCCAGGGCUGCUACAAGGUGGUCAUGCCAGGAUCUCAGAAUGUGGAGUACAAGAACAAGGUGUGGCAUGAGGAAUGCUUCACCUGCAUUGAAUGCAAGCAGCCAAUCCGCACACAGAGUUUCCUGGCCAAGGGUGAGGACAUCUACUGUGCUCCCUGCCAUGACAAGAAGUUUGCCAAGAAAUGCUUCCACUGCAAGCAGCCCAUCACCUCUGGAGGGAUCAGCUACCAGGACCAGCCAUGGCACGCUGAGUGUUUCGUGUGCAAAACCUGCCGUAAACCUUUGGCAGGAGCUCGCUUCACUUCUCAUGAGAACAACAUUUAUUGCGUGGACUGCUACAAGACUGAUGUGGCCAAGAAGUGCCAUGGCUGCAAGAACCCAAUAACAGGGUUUGGCCACGGCACCAAUGUGGUCAACUAUGAGGGCUACUCCUGGCAUGAGUAUUGCUUCAACUGCAAGAAGUGCUCCCUCUCCUUGGCUAACAAGCGCUUUGUCAUCAAUGGAGAUCAUAUUUACUGCCCCGACUGUGCAAAGAAGCUGUAAACUGCGCAAACCGUUGUGCAUCGGAGAAUUGAUUAAAGUGGAGUUAACACUUAACCUGGCUUUUAGACAAAAAAUAAUCUAAUUCUGAAAUAGUAUAAAACAGUCAGUUUUGGUGAAACUUCUCUUUGCAAGGUUGCCAAACUCCAGGCUGUGUCAAUUAAGCUUCAUUUAUCUAUAUAAACACAACUGCAGCUUGUUUCGUUGUCAGGGAUUGGAUACUAACAUGGCACAUUUUCUUUGUGGGAUUGUGAUGUGCACUAUUAAUCUAAUCCAGGAUUUUUUAAAGAGCCUUUUUGUGACAAGUCUUUUCAGUGCCUUACUGGAAUCUUUGAAGAAAAGAAAAAAAAAAAAAAAAAAACUUUUAACAUGCUUCCUGCUGC